GGUUGUCGCUCUCAAGACGUGCUUACUAAAUUUCAAAGCUAACCAAGGAUGCCGGAGUUAUCCCCCUGCAGCCCCACUGGCUGGACGCCAAAGGUGCGGCGCCACUCACCCACGCCCCAAGCUCUGGGCCAAUACUCACACAUCUUCACCUGCACCGAUCCGGAGGCCAAUGAGCCAGCUACUCCAACGCUGACCAGAGAUACAUCCACAGAUGUCAUUGGACACUUGCUGGGCGACUUUGGACUGUGGCAGCUCCGCACGAUGCUCAUCGUGUUCCUGUGCAAGAUACCCGCCGCCUGGUUCAUGGCCAGCAUUCUGUUCACAGCCCCCGACCUCUAUCCGGAGGAGGAGUACAGCUGCGAUACGAGUCCAUUUGAGGGCGCUGAUAAUAGCUCCGUCUCCGUGGACCAGUGCUUCGUGAUGGUCAGCCACGGAGACUCUGGCUAUGCCUUGCACCGCUGCCACCAGUUCCACUACAGCUCGCUGAGCUUCCACUCCCUCGUCAUGGAGUUCGAUUUGGCCUGCCUGAGCGACAUCUUUGUGGCCUGGUCGCAGUACUGGCAUCUCUUUGGCUUCUUCAUGGGCGGCGUGGUGGCCACCAAGCUGCUGCCGGUGCUGAGUCCACGGCAGAUCUACGUGACGGGCAUUUGGUCGCUCCUCGGCUGUGGCCUGCUGACGGUUCUGGUGAAUGAUUUCAGUCUGCACUGCGCCCUGCGCUGUCUGGCGGCUAUCGCCUGCUCCUUGAUGGUUACCGCGGGAGAGGCCAUAUUCAGCGACAUCGCAGCGGGCAAGCAUCGUCGGGCUGCCCUGCUCCUCUACGAUACCUUCUGGGCCUUGGGUUUGAUCCUACUGCCUGGCAUGGCCUCCUUUGCAUACAGCUGGCGGCACAUUUACUUGGAGAUUAGCCUGCCGCUGCUGGUAAUUAUCUUCCUGUUGCCAUGGACACCGGAUUCACCGCGUUGGGUGCUCCAGCACACAAAGGACUCCCAGACAGCCAUCGAUGGGACUGUGGAGCUCGUGCUCGAGGCCGCCCGCAUCAAUGGCCAUUGGUUCCAUGUCCCCAAGGACUUGCCCCAUCAGCUGGAGUUGCUCAGGGAGCGGUUGCUGUCGCAGUCUUCGCCUGUCUGCUGGCUGGACCUCUGGCGAGGGCACAGCCGCACCACAAUCCACAUGGUGGCUGUGCACAUGGCUCUGGCUGCAUUUCUGGUGGUUCAUGUGGGUCUGCUGCUCAACAUUCGAGCCUUUGGCAGGGAACACCUUCUGCUGAACACCAUGGCCAUGGGCUUGGCUGAGAUUUUGGGCUGCUUCUCGGCCUUGUACCUGACGUUCCACCACAACCCUCGCCAGUGGCAAUGGGCAGGAGGCUUCUGCAUCUUCGGAGGCUGCAUUGGCUGCCUCUGCUGGUUCUUCAACGGUGUGGAUAUGCCUGACGCUUACGAGAUCUCUUUGUGGCUGUUCUUGAGCACACUGCCCAAGGUAGCUGUCUCCUGUGGCCAGUCCAUGAUCCUGGCCUGCAUGGGUGAACUAGUGCCGCCCGAGCACCGCACCCAGUUCGCCUUUUCUGCUCACACCUGGGCCAGGGUAUGGCAGCUAUCCGCCUCCCUUCUCAUCCUACUCAGAGAGGUCAGCAUAGCCUUCUCCUUGACCUCCUUUUGCAUGCUGGUCGUACUGGGUGGCCUUUGCACCUGUUGCCUGGUCACUCCGCAACAGGAACAAGCACUGAAGAAGGGGCAGCAACGUGCUGGAAACGGUUGCCAUAAUCUAAUUUUAUAAGCCCGAAAGGCUUGUUGUUAUUUUAGUUUUACUCCUUGUUAGUGUUUUAGCGAAGUAUUUACAUAUAACCAAAAAUAAUAA